UAAUGAAGGUUCGUAGACUCAACGAUCAAGUUUAUACGUUUGUUAAAGAAUAUAUAUUUUUUAAAAUCAUACUCUGAGCAAAGUCACAAAUUCUGAAGAAAGCUGACAUGAAGGAGGAAGAUGGGGGUAGAAGAUACUGUGAACUUCCUGAUAACGGGCAUGCCAGUUGGAGUAACUCUUGCAAAUCUUACUUUUGGUCCCAAGGAAGAGCUUGUUAGUAAAUUUUCUUCCUUUUUCGCGGAAUCCUCAUUCGCUCUUGAUUAUAAUGAUCCCCAAGAGCCUCAAAAAAAAGUGACAAUUAUUACAAGUCGUCAUUCAAUCUUACUUUCCAUUAUUGGUCAUUCUUUUCCUGAUGAAAACGGGCUUACUAAAAUAAUAGAAAAUAUACAGGAACGUUUUCAGUUGGACAUGCAAAACCAGUUCACUGCCUUUUUUGAAGAGCAGUAUAUUAAUACCGACAUAUGUUCCCGUAUUCACUAUUGUUUUUAUAUAAUAGAGCUUUCAGAACCCCUGGAAAAGACUAUUCUGGCAGAAAUUAGUAUAUUGGCGGCCUCAGUCUAUAUUAUACCGCUUUUCUACAGUUCUGGUGCCUUGGAAGGGGAAACUCUUUAUUCGAAAGCCAACGCGAUUUAUGAGGAGUUAAUUCAGUCCGGCGCAACUAUUUUUCAAGUUCCUUUGAGUCCUGUUAUUGUUUUCCAAGACGAAAAUGCUCAGUUUGUUAUAUACAACGAAGAAACUUUUGCGGAAAACAUAGUAGAAAAGAUUAUCGGGAAAGAAAACAUACUGCAUUAUAAAGAUAUUUUUUAUGAAAAAUACAGGAAGGAAAAUAUCUACAAGUAUUCGGUAAAGCUUUUACCAUCUGCUAAAAAGGAACUCAAAGAAAAAAUGGAACAACUCCGGCGAGAUGCUCUUACAUGUCUGGAGGCGGCCGCCGCGGUGCCAUUAAUUCGAGAAGAGCUUGAAGAGGCCGAGCGCACCUUUGCAUCCCUUUCCAGAAGCUCCUUCGGCUCGCUUGAGGAAGACGCGGACAUGUGGAGCUCAGCGUCCAAUCCCAGCUUAAAAAGCUUAAAAUUAUGA